GCUUUCCCUUCCACAUAAUGAAUCCAUUUCUGUGCUUCCAAAAUAUAUGUUUUUACAACCGUGGGGGAGUGCGGAUGGUUUCAACACAGCGCCCCCUCACAGUCAUCUAGUGUUUAUAUAAAUAAUUGGCGUUAACUUAACAAUUGCCCCAAUGGUACAAAUAAAGUUUGUUUUAUGGAUUCGUUAUAAUGAAUCUCAAAGUCUACAAUCCAUAACAAAUCAGCCUCUAAAAGUUUCCCGACAUUGUUUGAGUGAGAGUAUUGUUCUGAUACGAGAGUCCACGUCCUGUACAAGUCAUCGUAUGACAUAGGAGGAAGUGAAGGCAGCAGUUGCAAGAUAUAGUAAUUUAGCCAGCUAAUCUCAGAUACAUUUUUUUUUAUCAGAGAAGAUAUGUCAGCAAGCAUGCAAAUUAAGAUUGGAAUCAUUGGAGGCUCUGGCCUUGAUGACCCAGACAUAUUGGAGGGAAGGACUGAGAAAUAUGUAGACACACCUUAUGGAAAGCCUUCAGAUGCCCUUAUAAUGGGGAAGAUCAAAAAUGUUGAAUGUGUGCUCCUUGCAAGGCAUGGGAGACAGCACACCAUCAUGCCAACUGACGUCAACUACCAGGCUAACAUCUGGGCGUUGCGAGAGGAGGGCUGCACACAUCUCCUGGUCACCACGGCCUGUGGUUCCCUCCGGGAAGAGAUCCAACCAGGAGAUAUCGUCAUCAUCGACCAGUUUAUAGACAGGACGACAAAGAGGGCCCAGACGCUGUACGACGGGCGGCCCACCAGUCCUCCAGGCGUGUCUCACAUCCCCAUGGCUGAGCCCUUCUGCACCCGGACCAGGGAGGUGCUGCUGGAGGUGGCGCGCGGCCUGGGGGUGAAGUGCCACCCGCAGGGUACGGUGCUCACCAUCGAGGGCCCUCGCUUCUCGGCGCGUGCCGAGAGCCUGAUGUUCCGCCAGUGGGGUGCCGACGUUAUUAACAUGACCAGCGUGCCCGAGGUGGUCCUCGCCAAGGAGGCGGGCCUUUGCUAUGCUAGCAUCGCCAUGGCCACCGACUACGACUGCUGGAAGGAGCAUGAGGAGGCUGUCUGCGUCGACAACGUCCUGAAGACUAUGAAGGAGAAUGCCAACAAGGCCAGCAGUAUCCUGCUCACUGCUAUCCCCCUGAUUUGCACCCAGGACUGGACCCACACCAUAAAGGCUCUGAAGACAACAGCCCAAUCCUCAAUAAUGCUACCAAAACAACAUUGAGAACCACCGAAAAGCCUCUCGCCACCCCUGUAUAUCAGAGAAUGACUUGCAACACACCAGCCACCAAUACCAACAAUGGAUUCAUCUCUCUCUCGAUUCCUCAUCAGUGAAUCACAAGAAAGUGCCUGAUAUGCAUGUUUUCAUUACUGUACAUUUGCCAGGAUUUCACAACACAUUUCAGUAACAUUACAUCGUUUGCCAGAAGCAUACCAUUCUGCAUCCCACUGCUGGCUUGCCUCUGAAGCUAAGCAGGGUUGUUCCUGGAUGGGAGACCAGAUGCUGCUGGAAGUGGUGUUGGAGGGUGAAUAGGAGGCAUUCUUUCUUCUGGUCAAAAAAAAAAGGUCCCAAUGCCCAAUUUCAGAUAGGUGUCCUGACUCUGUGGUCACCUAAAAGAUCCCUGCUAAAAUAAGGGUAAAUCUCUCUCGCUCUCUCUCAUUUAUAUAUAUAUAUAUAUGAGAGUCACUGUUUGUAUACUGUUCAGCCAUGUUUUCAUACUGUAGAUACAUUUUAGAAUGUAACUAUGCAUUAAAGUAUGUCUUCUGAAAGAAAGGUUAAAGGACUUAGUUGGUUGUUUUCAUGGAUUGUUUGUAACCGGUAUGGUCUGUACAUGUAGGUCUAUGACCAACAAGACUUUUGCACCGAGUAUAAUUGGAACAGGACAUUCAAUCAAAAGCAACUGCCACUUCCGUUGAUAAAGCCUCAAGCCUGUUUAUCCGGCUCUGGGGUGAAGUUUAGUUUAGGUACAUAUCUAGGAUCAGCUUCCCCAAUCCUAACCAUUUAGUGGGGGAAAUGCUAAACUGGCUGAACUGGCUGAAGACCAACUUCACCAUACUGUUUUUCCACUUUGUUGCCCUGAAACAAGGUCAAACCACAUUGUUGAUAGAUUCGUGGCUCUUUACUCCUAAUUAUUAGGUGAGGGAAUAGUGGAUUCGUGGCUCUUUACUCCUAAUUAUUAGGUGAGGGAAUAGUGGAUUCAUGGCUCUUUACUCCUAAUUAUUAGGUGAGGGAAUAGUGGAUUCGUGGCUCUUUACUCCUAAUUAUUAGGUGAGGGAAUAGUGGAUUCAGUGGCUCUUUACUCCUAAUUAUUAGGUGAGGGAAUAGUGGAUUCAUGGCUCUUUACUCCUAAUUAUUAGGUGAGGGAAUAGUGGAUUCAUGGCUCAUAUACUUUCCAUAAAAUAAAACGCCUUCUUUCAUUAAGAAAGACUUCCACUGAGGGCAUUAUCGAUCUGUCUCAUCAUGUGACGGGAUCAUCUAAAACGUAUCUUCAAAACACUUCAUGUUAACCUAGCAUUUAUUUUUACAUGGAUUCACAGCUGCAGUAUUAUAAUGUGCUAAUAGGGUUCACUUCAGGAAGUAGGCUUAACAGUCAACAUGAUGGUGGAUAUUCAGUUAUGAUUGUGUUCGACUGCAUGUACAGGUCAAAUGUUUGCAAGUGUGACAAAAUCAAUAAAGUUAUGUAGAUUGGAAA